GAUUACUCCAUGAUUGCUGCUCAUGUGAUACUGGGUCAUUUCAAUCAGGCUCUGUGAGGUCAUGACGUGUGUAAAUAACGUUCCUAAAUAUAACAUUGCGUCGUACACGGUACAGGUAGUUUCUCAUGAUCAUGAAUCAGGCAUCACCGUAACUGUAUGAUUUUUUAACGCUUAUUGUAGAUCUACUACUUUCGUACGUAUGAGGAUGAAGAUAUCUUCAUAGCUACCAGUACUGUCAAGAAUCCAUAUAAGUGUCAGUUGGACAGAUCUUCAACAUUUCCUGAAAGAGAAUGGAGUGUCAAGGUAGAGGGGUACCUGCUUCUUCCUUGAAGAGAGUUCAUGGUUCUGACAGUGGCACUCCAUCUGUUGGAAUCUCUUCACAGAAACAGAUGGAGGACUAUUUCAAAUGUAGAAAAGUAGUGGGAAAGGAUGAACCACAAGAUUUAACAAAGAAUGAUCAGCUGAAUCAAGUACCCAAAUGGAAUAUGUUACCAUGGUUUCCAAGUAAUAUUAACCAAACAAGAGAGGUGACAUCAAUGACCCACGCAGGCAUUCCUGGUUCGUUUAUGAAAGAACACAAUCAAUCACAUCACCACAGUGAUACUACACUAUUAAAUGACAGAGGCCAUGAAGAAGGGGACAAAAGAAUGUUGUCUCAUCUACCUCAGAAAUUUACAGUUUCAAGUAUGAAUGUUCAAGCUGAUUCCAGGAACUUUACCAAACAGAACCAUUUCAUAUCAGAUACCUCUCCACCUCCAGUUCCAUAUAUUACCGGUACUGAUAGUUCCACAACAAAUGCUGGUAUGCAUGGAACUUUUGUUCCUUUUGAUAUGCUAAAUCACAAAACUGAACCUGACUUUUUGUAUUUGAGCCAGUCAGACUACUCUCAGAGAGCCCACCAAUCAAAUCAAUCUUCAAGUACCAUAUCAGAAUCAGACAUUGUGAAUUCUGGUACUGAAACUUGUGAUGAUUUGACAAACAGGUGCUUGAAUAUCAAGACAGAACAUUCUCAAAGAGGUAUUUACCUGUUUGUUCCAAAGUCUUCAUCACCAUCAGUGGCAGAGCGCUAUAUUUCUAUUGAGAAGACACAGUGUGAGGAGCUAAGGGAGAUAACCCUGCCUCCUAAGGUGGCAUUUGUGUACAACCCACUCGAAUAUGCUUUUGAGCCUCACUACAACUUUGUUGAGAAGUUCUGCAACUCGAGGAAGCAGAUCCUGUUCCUUGGCAUGAACCCUGGUCCAUGGGGAAUGUCACAGAACGGGGUGCCAUUUGGUGAGAGCAGCAUGGUGAGAGAUUGGCUGAAGAUACCUGGGGCUGUUCUCAAGCCAUGUCCAGAACACCCGAAACGUCAGGUGACCGGACUCAAUUGUACAAGGUCAGAGGUUUCUGGGCGAAGGUUCUGGGGUUUCUUCCGCGACCUGUGUGGCAGCCCGGACACUUUCUUCACCAACUGCUUCGUGUACAACAUGUGCCCAUUUGCCUUCAUGAGCGACACGGGCAAAAACAUCACCCCGCCACAGAUUGAGUCCAGGACUCUGAAGAGGAUCAACGCUGCCUGUGACAAGGCAUUGCUGGAAGUGUUAAAGCUUCUUGACAUUACCACCAUAGUUGGUGUGGGGAAAUUUGCGUACAACCGUGCAAGGACAGUUUUACGAGUAAGCGGGAUUGACAGUAUUCGUACAGAGUGCAUCAUGCACCCCAGCCCUAUCAACCCAGCAGCCAAUAAGGGAUGGAGUGACAUUGUCAAGAAACAGUUGCAGGAUCUAGAUUUAAUGGACACUAUUGUGAAUAAAUAGUAACAUGGCAGGAACUAGAUUUAAUGGACACUAUUGUGAAUGAAUAGUAACAUGGCCUCGUUUGUAUUGUUGUUGAAAAAUAUAUGAGGGUUUGGUUUAAUGCCUCUUUGAACACUAUUUCCGUUAUGUGACUGUCAGCUUGAUGUUCAGGUAAAGUCCAGAGUGAUGCUGGGCUCAGAUGAAUGGACCGCAAUAAGCGAAGUGUGUGCACACUUAGUGUGUUGACAGUGUUAGAAAUUAUCUUAAUCCCAACAAGACAGUCGGGCAGGUGACCCAUAGUGUUGCCUGCCCAUCUUCAAAGUUACCUGCCCACAUUCAGGCAUUAUAAAUAUUGAAAAAUUGCAAAAUCUAAGAGACAAUUCACGUCUUGAUUCAGUUAAAAUAAUGCAAACAGUUACUUGAGAAUCUACUACGUGUUAUGAUAAAACUGAAUGUGUAAAUCUUAAAAUUAUCUGCCAGACAGUCAGGCAGGUGGAAGAAAAUUUCAUGUAGCCCGACAGAAAAGUCACCAGCCGCGGGCAGGCAGUUAUUUCAGACACCGUGUGUAGAUGUUUGUUUGUUGUUUAAUGCCGCUCUCAGCAAUAUUCCAGCUAUAUGACGACGGUCUGUACAUAAUCGAGUCUGGACCAGACAAUUCA